AUGAGCACGCGGCCCCAGCGCGAUCGCAAAAAGUCCCAGCGCGCUCUUGAAGCGGAGCGGAAUGAGUUGCUCCUGACCCCUGCGGGCAAGCAGCUGCCAGCUUACGACAGCGAGGAGGAGGAGAGCCCGGCGGUGCUCGCGCGGGCGUGCAGCGGCGGUGGUGAGGCUGCCCACGGCCAGCGCCGCAAGCGCACCGCGGUCGAGAUUGAGCAGACUGUGGCCCUACUGGAGGAUGUGGAGGCCGACAAGCACGCCAUGAUUGCCGCGGCGGCGGCAGCAGCGCCAAUGGUGCUGCCCCACAUCCUAGGCAACUCGCCGCAGCAGCUGGGGCUGAUGGCAGGCGGGAUGCCCUGGUUUGCGCCUGGCCAGGCCCUUCCCUAUGCAGCUGCCUCCGGCUACCCAGUGCAACAGCCGGUGGCGGCUGCCGGCCCCAGCACAGGGCAGUUGCCCCGCACGGUGCCCAUUCCGGCCCGCCGCCGCCGCGCCACUGCGGCCGCAGUCGAGCAGGAGGCGGCAGCAGUGGAAGAGGUGGAGCUGGCGGUGGACGAGACACUUUCGCAGCCGAAGAAGCGCAAGAGCAGCAAGACGAAGAAGAUUGUGCUGUCGGAGGCUGUCGCCGAGGGCCUGUGGGUCAUGGACCCCGCCCACCCGCUCAUCUACCGCGCCCCCGCCAGCGCCCAGGGCAGCUCCAAGGUGGUGGCGCUGUCUCUGGAUGGAACCAUAUGCGUCGACCUCUGGGGCCGACCCUACGCUGGCAACGCCACCGACUGGAAGUACGCCUUCAGCGGUGUGCCAGCCCAGCUGGCCCACCUAGUGCGCCAGGGCAACGUCAUCGCCAUCCUGAACAACCAGGGCAAUGUCAAGGGUGCCCUGCUGGGCAAGGCCAGCAUGAAUGCGCGCGGCAAGGUGGAUGCGAUUCUGAGCGACCUGGAGCGCCACCAUGGCGUAGACACCUCGGCCAUCAAGGUGCUGCUGGCGCCGGAGCAAGGCGGGAUGCGCAAGCCAGCGACCGGCAUGUGGCAGUUCUUCGAGUCGAGCUGCAACGGGGGCGUCAAGAUAGACUUGUCCCAGAGCUUCUAUGUCGGCAGCAGCCCAGACGACGUCGACUUUGCGGCGGCUGUGGGCCUCAAGCACGUGGAUGCCCGCGCCUUCUUUGGUGGACAGCUGAAGCUUCGAGCAGCCUGGCGCAUCGUCCGCUACGAAUCCCAACAAAGAAGUUCAUAG